UGAAGUACUGAUAAUACAGUGAUACAGGUACACUAUAGUGCCCACCAAGUAAGUGGUGUUCUUGUGUGAGAAAGAUGCAAAACGAGGGAGCAGUUUCGAGGAAGUGACGGACGCCGCUCAGGGGACUGUCCAGAGGAAGUUUGCUCCAUGGUGGCGGUGCGGUGCGCCUUAACGAAACUUUUCCCCUUUACAGGCACUAGCGACGCCGUGGAGCUGGCGGGCGGAUAGAACGGCGUGGGGAGCGUUUUUUCCUGUUUCCACGCCAUAUUAACGCCACAGGAAUACCAAGUUGAGAUAGAAGGGGUGCCGCGGAGGAAUUUCACAACCAACCCCCGUCCUUCUUCGUUUUCUUAACGCAUCCGCAAUGGGGAAGGAGCAGGAGCUCCUCGAAGCGGCGCGUACGGGAAACCUGGCGGCAGUGGAGAAGCUUUUAUCCGGGAAGCGACAGUCGGCUGGCAUCGGUGGCGGCUCGUAUGGAACCGGUGGAAGUGGUAACAGCGGCGGCCACGCUGCCUCAUCGCACCCACUCUCCAGUCUGCUCAGCAUCUGGAGAGGUCCCAAUGUGAAUUGUGUGGACAGCACUGGAUACACCCCCCUACACCAUGCCGCCUUAAAUGGACACAGUGAGGUGGUGGAAUUGCUACUACGAAAUGAGGCCUUGACCAACAUAGCCGACAACAAAGGCUGCUACCCUCUGCACCUUGCAGCAUGGAAAGGAGAUGAGCACAUUGUCAGGUUGCUCAUCCACCAAGGAUCUUCGCACCCCAGACUCAACGAACAGAGCUCUGUAGACCAUAAAGAGUUCAAACGCUGUGGGCCCUUUGACCCCUAUAUUAAUGCCAAGAACAAUGACAAUGAGACGCCACUGCACUGCGCCGCUCAGUAUGGACAUUCACAGGUGGUGCGGCUACUGCUGGAGGAGCUGACGGACCCAACCAUGAGAAAUAACAAAUUUGAGACUCCCCUGGAUCUUGCUGCACUGUAUGGCCGCCUAGAGGUGGUCAAGCUGCUUCUCAGCGCCCACCCCAAUCUGCUCAGCUGCAACACCAAAAAGCACACACCGCUGCACCUGGCCUCCCGGAAUGGACAUCUGUCUGUGGUGGAGGUGCUGCUAGAUGCUGGCAUGGACAUUAACUACGAGACUGAGAAAGGCAGCGCACUCCACGAAGCCGCACUGUUUGGGAAGACGGACGUGGUACAGAAGCUUCUCAGUGCAGGUAUCGAUGUGAACAUGUUGGAUCAGAAGGGCCUGACAGCGCUGGAUACUGUCAAAGACAUGCCCUCUCAGAAGAGCAGGGAGAUAGCAGCGCUCAUCCAAGGUCUUGGAAAACCACCUGACAUGGAACUGCCCCCUCCACCAAUCCCUCCACCUCUGGAGAGUCCUACUCCACGGAAAAAGGGUGAUCUGGAGAAAAUGAGCGAGCUGAUCUCGGGGCUGGCCCCGGGGCCUGAGGAGGAGAGUCCCUAUGAAGCUCUGUUUGAAGCUACCUCUUGCCAUUCGCUUGACAGCGUGACAAGUGGCAAAUCCUCAGAUAGGGACUCCGGAAGACCAGACAGUGAAGCAGGGAAGAAAGAUCGUCUAGUCCACUCAUCACAUGCUGGUCCUGGUCUUGAAGAAGAGGUGAGCUCAGAGGCUCUAUUUACCAACAGUAGUAUUGAUGAGAGAGGAGAGCCUGCUGAGGAAGAGGAAGAUCACACAUAUGAGUUGUUGCUGACUGCACAAACCAAAGUCCCACCACCAGGCCAAGAGUCCCAGUUCCAUAAAGAUGGAAGCGCAUCUAUCCAGUCCAACAGUGCCCUACCUCAGAGUAAAGCCAACGCCCUAAAUGACCCCGGAGCGCCAGCCAUGGCAAAAGAUACACUGCACCCUUCCGGACGGGUGGGACAGCGGGCAUCGGGAGAUAACUCCCAGCUCAGCCAAGAUCAGGGAGCAGGUGUCCCGGAGCAGUUCACCGGCCUUCUGCACGGAUCUUCCCCUGUGUUUGACUGUCGCGAGGAGCCCUUCAGGGUUCCAGGUGUCCUGCCACCCUGUCAGAGCCAGCCGCAGUUGAGAGCCAAAGCAAAAGAGCAAGCAACUGCUGCGCCACCUACACGUCCCAGUAUGGCUGCCAUCGUUACAGACUGUGAUCCGAAAGCCAUUUAUGCCACUGUGAACAAGGAGCCCAGGGACUCAAGGGCAGUGUCUGCUGGUAGGAUGCGUCCUCCCGGCGACCUGAAGCUGGCCCGCAGCCUUUCCAAGUCGGACUCAGACUUGCUUGUGUCGCCUCCUAAUGAGGAAGACGGAGGACUAGGGAACCGAAGUGAAUCAGUUUCUAACUGUAGCAGUGGGAAGAAAAGGCUUGAGAAAUCACCGUCAUUCACCUCAGAAUGGGACGAGCAGAUAGUGGCACCAUCUCCCAGCACAAACCCACUGGGCUCUAAUUCCCAUGACAGCAUUGAGAAAAUAAUGACGCUGAUUGGUGCUGGCAUUGACUUUUCCAGAGAUCAGCAAUACGCUACUCCAGGUGCCUCGGUCCGACUGCUGGAACAGUCUGUGGGAGACUGGCUCGAGCUGGUGGGGCUCCCGCAGUACGAGAGCAAGCUGCUCCUCAAUGGUUUUGACGAUCUUCAUUUCAUGGGGAGCAAUGUCAUGGAGGACCAGGACUUGCGAGAGAUUGGGAUUACAGACCCAGGGCACAGGAAGAAGAUCCUGCAUGCAGCACGGUCCUUACCCAAGAUGAAAGCGCUGGGCUGUGACGGCAGCAACUCCCUCUCUUCCUGGCUAGAGAAUCUGGGUCUGAACGAGUACCUGCACAACUUCCUGACCAGCGGGUACCGCUCUCUGGAGUGCGUCAAGAACCUUUGGGAACUGGAGAUUGUCAAUGUCCUUAAGAUCACCCUCCUUGGUCACAGGAAGCGCAUCAUUGCAUCAUUAGCUGAGAGGCCUUAUGAGGAACCUCCCAUCAAGCCGCCUCGAUUGUCUCAGAUCAGGUGCCAAGACCUCCCUGCGUCCCAGUCCCCGUCAUCUCUGGGUCAGGUGGAGUCCUACACGAGCCACUCGAUGGAUCCUCUUCUGCCAGCAGGAGAACCAGUGAGGAAGAAAGUGCCAGAUAUCGACUAUGAUGUCACCCAACGACAUCGCAGUGAGCGCCGCAGAUCACAUGAGCGACAUCGGGAGCCCCGUCUGACCCUUCGACCGCCUAGUCUGGCUGCACCGUAUGCGCCAGUCCAGAACUGGCAUCACCAGCCUGAGAAGCUCAUCUUUGAGUCCUGCGCCUAUGAAGCCAGUUACCUGGGUUCCAUGCUUAUAAAGGACUUGCGGGGUACUGAAUCCACCCAGGAUGCUUGUGCCAAAAUGCGGAGGUCAACAGAACAGAUGAGAAAAGUCCCAACUAUUGUCCUCUCUAUCACGUACAAGGGUGUGAAGUUCAUUGAUGCAGCCAGCAAGAACAUCAUCGCAGAGCAUGAGAUCCGUAACAUUUCUUGUGCGGCCCAGGACCCGGAGGACUUGUGCACAUUCGCCUACAUCACCAAGGAUUUGCAAACGAGCCACCACUACUGUCACGUGUUCAGCACUGUAGACGUGAAUCUAACGUAUGAGAUCAUACUGACACUGGGUCAAGCGUUUGAGGUGGCUUAUCAGCUGGCUCUGCAGGCCCAGAGGACCAAACAGCACCAGAACCACCCACUGUGUCCUCCGUCAGACGUCAUUGAGACCACGUCCAGUCGACCUGUGCCCAAACCACGAGGCAGCGUUCGCAAAUUAGGGGCUGACCAUUUGGAACAGGAGGGAGAUUCUCAGUCCCAGAGCAGCGCCACGUGGCUUGUGGACCCCAAGGAACCCAAGCGUACAAUCAGCACUAAGUACGAGACCACCAUUUUUUGAGUGGACCUCCCCCUCUUCUUCCUGACCCUUGGCCUGGUCUCACAUCCUCUCCACCUUCCUCCCGCCCUCUGUGUGCCUUUCACUGCAACUCCUGCCCCGUCAUCUUCCCCACACUUGUUAUACUGUAAUCCUCUUCCAGCAAGUAUUAUUUACAUUGCCAGCCUGCCAGUCACCUUCUAGUCGUCUCUUUGUUUACCUUGUAUGCUCCCUGAACUCUCUGCAAUACGUCACCUUUCCCCCCCCCCCAGUCAACAUCUCACUGUUGACUCUUAGUGAUAAGCCCUUUUUUUUCUCGGUGCUUUUCCUGCUCUGUUAGGCGACAACCGCUCUGAGGUUUUUCACUCCUGACGCCGAACACUGUUCUUCAGCUGAGGCGCUGCAUGCAUCCUGCACCUCCAUGGCAAGCUGUCUUGUGAUGUGUCUGUGCGUCACUGGGCUUCCAGCAGUUGUAGCAGGCUCUUUCUAGUUCACUGGCAACCAAUUGUUAAGGUCCAAAGGAGGCAAAUAUCCCAAAACACUGUGAUACGCUUACAAAGUUAGCAUCAAAGCACUUUCUCUAACCUCCCAAGUGUCUCCUGUUUUGGCCUUUUUUGGAAAUAUCCCACUUGUUCAAUCAAUUUGGGAUAUAUCAGUGUGUCCGUGUCCAGUUACUUUAUUUUAACCUCACUGUUGUGUGUGCAUGUGUCCUCUUCCUUCAGCUGAACACAAAAAGGACAACCCUGUUGCAUGACAGGUAGGAUGAUUUGUAUGGAGAAACAAAUAGAGCCCCUUCUCGCACGGUGGAUCACCACAGUCAUGAAGGGGAAAGGGGGGUGGUUGUUCGUCCGACCUCGCCACCGUCUCGCUUCCGUUUCACUUCCUGCCUAUCGGAGACGUCGUUUUCUGGGAAACGGUUUGUCCAAAAGGUCUCCAUCUCCUUGAAGCAGGGGGACAUUUGUGUUUUUUGUUCAAAAGCUCCAACAGUCAUUUGUCCUUUAUCAUCCUCAGCGUAUAUAAUAACUGUGAUAAACAAUCUUGCACAGAGUGAUUCCUGAAUUAACCAAACUAAAAUUUCAACAAGCAACACUACACAGACUGUUGUCUAGUUGUACAACAGGGUUUUGCAUUUGAACUUUUUUGUGUUUUUAUUGUUUAAUAGGACAUUCGUCCUAAUACAGGAACUUGAUUGGUCUUCCUGCUCAUUUGUUCAAUUAAUCUAGACAAGAUUAUUCACCAAACCUGCCAUGCGGGAUGGCGCUUCCUUUAGCUUUUAAUGUAGCUGCAGUACAAAAACGAAAUAGGGAACAGCUUUUUCCUCCCAGCUUGUUGACUGUUAAUGGUACUUGCUGGUCAGCUGAUGUGUAUAUGGGUACAUAGUCAGGGCGUGUUGAUUUACACCCGCUUGGCAAAUACUGUAUUUGGUACGACCAGUAGGGUUAAAAUCUAUGGUACACUGUCUUUAGCGCGCUGGUGUCAGCACCUUCGAGCCUCAGCCUGGUCCAACUCUGCCUUUGCACAUCACUGAGGAUCAGGAGAAAUAUUUUGGGACGAAUCUGAUGAAAAUGAUAUUGUACAUGAAUCUCGCUGUCUUUAUUUUGAUACUUGAAUGAUUUGGGCUUUUAUAGAUCUCUAUACAGUAUAUAUGUAUAUGUAUGUAUGUAUGUAUGUAUGUAAUUUUUGACUUUUGUCAAAAGAGAUUAAAAGGACUAUGUCUUAUAAAGUUAAACAUAUCUGGAUGUUCGGUGAUUAAAGAGGCUGAGUGGAACACAAGAGGGACCUCACUUCAAGAAAAAAAAAAGAAAAAGAUUGUACAUAAUCUUGGGCUUCCAUUUUUUUAUGAUUAUUUUUCAUAAAUGUACAACUAAUAAAUUGCGCAAU